GCGGGCCGGGGAGGCCGCCGCCGCCGCUGCUGCCGCCGCGCGAACAUGGCGGCGGAGAUACACUCCAGGCCGCAGAGCAGCCGGCCGGUGCUGCUGAGCAAGAUCGAGGGCCACCAGGACACCGUCACGGCCGCGCUGCUCAUCCCCCAGGAGGACGGCGUGAUCACGGCCAGCGAGGACAGAACCAUCCGAGUAUGGCUGAAAAGAGACAGUGGCCAGUACUGGCCCAGCAUCUUCCACACAAUGGCCUCUCCCUGCUCCGCUAUGACCUACCAUCACGACAGCAGGCGGAUAUUUGUGGGCCAGGAUAACGGCGCCGUGAUGGAAUUUCAUGUUUCUGAAGAUUUUAAUAAAAUGAACUUUAUCAAGACCUACCCAGCUCAUCAGAAUCGGGUGUCUGCGAUCGUCUUCAGCUUGCCCACGGAGUGGGUGCUCAGCACGGGCCACGACAAGUGCAUCACCUGGAUGUGCACACGCAGCGGGAGCCCCCUGGGCCGGCACAUCUUCCCUGCCUGGGCGUCGUGUCUCCAAUACGAUUUUGACACUCAGUAUGCUUUUGUUGGCGAUUACUCUGGACAGAUCACCCUGCUGAAGCUCGAGCAGAAUACCUGUUCGGUUAUCACGACCCUCAAAGGACACGAAGGUAGUGUCGCCUGCCUCUGGUGGGACCCGAUUCAGCGGCUGCUCUUCUCGGGCGCCUCGGACAACAGCAUCAUCAUGUGGGACAUCGGCGGGCGCAAAGGCCGCAUGCUGCUGCUCCAGGGCCACCAUGACCGGGUGCAGUCGCUGUGCUACCUCCAGCUCACGAGGCAGCUCGUCUCCUGUUCCUCAGAUGGCGGGAUCGCAGUGUGGAACAUGGAUGUGAGCAGAGAGGAGGCUCCACAAUGGCUGGAAAGCGAUUCCUGUCAGAAAUGCGAGCAGCCUUUUUUCUGGAACAUAAAGCAGAUGUGGGACACAAAGACGCUGGGCCUCAGACAGCACCACUGCAGGAGGUGCGGGCGGGCCGUGUGCGGGAAGUGCAGCAGCAAGCGCUCCAGCUACCCCGUCAUGGGCUUCGAGUUCCAGGUCCGGGUGUGCGACUCCUGCUACGACUCCAUCAAGGACGAGGAUCGGACGUCCCUCGCAACGUUUCAUGAAGGAAAACAUAACAUUUCCCACAUGGCCAUGGAUGUCGCCAGGGGACUGAUGGUGACGUGUGGGACCGACCGCGUGGUGAAGGUCUGGGACAUGACGCCCGUGGUGGGCUGCAGCCUGGCAGUGGGGUUCUCUCCACGCUGACCGAGAGCCGGGCCAGCCGCACCCUCCCGGCGCGGCAGCCCUCACCACGCAGCCACCCCCCGCCCCCGUAGCUCCACACCACUGUCUCGCGGAGGGACAGUAGCCACUAAACAAAUCAACAUUUUUAAAAAGAAAAACAAAUGUAAAGGUGUGUUUGGGGGGCAUUUGUGGAACUACCUGUACCUCCCUGAGGAUGGGGUGCCUGCAGCGAGCCUUCAGGAAGAGCGAGCAGAGAAAGGUGCUGAAAGAGUAAUCUGGCGAAUGAGCGAGUGAGAGCGCGGGACACAGCCGUUCCCAGCCGAGCACACUCCCCAGACAGCAGCUCUCUGGCCCAGCAGGAAUUAGGGGCAGGAUGACUCGGACUCAUUCUCUCUCGAGGGGGGCAGUAGGAACCGAAGACACCAGAGACCUCCCCUUGUGCUGGCAGAAAGUGGAGAUUCUCUGCACCCCAGGAUGGCUGUUCUCUGCAGGUGGCGUUGCCUGCCAGGCAGGCCACUCAUUCCAGACCUGCGCUGUGAAAUGUCCCCUUCACGCAGCCCUCCCGCCCUCCCCCUUCCCCCAGAAGUGCUCUGAGGACAAACCGUUUUUAUGGUGCUGUUACCACGGAGUGGCACGGCCGCCUGGCCCUUCCUCGCAGCCAGGACGACACCCGGGCAGCCGGCCAGUGUGGUGGUGAUCGGUGACCAGCCUGUCCCGCCAGCCGCUUCCUCCUGGGCAGUGGGGCCCAGGAGCCCUGGGCGUGGUGGCAAUUUUACACACACCCUAGAAAACAACUCCAAAGCUUCUUAAACAAUGCCUGCUAGUCCUUGUAAUUGGCCUUACUAAGGUCUCGUGUAGGGAAAUGGGGGCCCGGAGCAGCCGCCGUCACAGGGUCCUGCCCUGCACUCCCAGCUUGAGCGCCGCUCUGUCUCCGUUAGAAUCUCUGUACCAAAUGGCGUUUUAUAAGCGUUUGACCACUUGCUAGGAGGCUGUGGAAGGGGUGGGCAGCUUCUCCCUCCAUAUUCAAAUAUUUGCUCACAGUAGGACUGGCGCUUGCUCCAGAGGGCCUGGAAGUGAGCGGAGAGAGGCCCGCUUUGCUUAAGGACAAAUUCAGACUUAGCUGGCAGCCGCGUCUCAGAUGGAUAAAGCCUCGCUGAGUGUUGGGAUCGCAAGGAGACAACAUCUGUCCUGUGUGAUUCGAGGUAGGGACUAAAGCUGCCCUUCAGCUUUAGACAAGCUGUAGACGUUAGACAAGCUCUCUGUCCCCAACCAAGUGACAGCAGCGCCAUGCAGGGGAGGAGGGCGGCCCCUCUGUUGCACAGUGAGCUGCUUUCAAGGUUGACUUGCCUUGAGAAGAAAAACGAAGGGAUUUGUUGUUCCUGAAAUUUUUGUUUCAUCGCUUGAAAAACAUGUUUCCUUCAAAAAAUGUUUCCUAGGCCCUUUGCCCAGUGCCUGCCACUGGCGGUCACCUAGCCUGGGAGAGCAGCGCAGGGCGGCCCAGUGGCGGGGCGCUGAGCUGGGCCAGGGCUCCCCUUGGCCUUUCGGGAACUCCUGAAAGGAGACCAGAAAGCGAGCAGCUCCUGCCGUCCGGGGGCGUGGACCGGGCUGUCGUCCUGUACCCCUGUAGAAUGCGGGGUUUUACCACCCGGGAGCAGAGCACACACGGUACUGAGCGGGUGCGUGUCUUUCACACCUUUUAAUUAGAAGGAAAAUUCUUAAUCUCUACCCCCAGCCCAUGUUUCACAGAGAAUAGAAGGCUGCUGCCGUGCAGCUCCGUGGGUCUUGGAGGACUGGAACUGGGUAUCUGGAACAGCAGCAAGUCGAUUCUCCGUCAUUUCCUGCCCCAGCCCCAGCCCAUCACCCGUUUUCUUUUCUUUUCCUUUUUUUAUGAUGUUCUACUCUCCUUCCCAUCACAGGCUCUGUUGUGAAUGUAGCCCCCGGCUCGCACAGUUGGUCCUGCGUUCAGACAACAUGUGUGUACCCAGUUAUUUCAUCUUUUCAUCUAAUACUGUGGCUUUUACUUAUAACUGAAGAUAUUGAAAGUCUCACCACUAUCAAGCCAUCGUCAGUUUUCUUUUUAAAAACACACAUGGCAGCCUGUCUCUGGCACAUGGUGGGUAGCAAAUGGGCUCAUAUUUUUGAUAGAGUUGUGCAAAAUUAUAAUUUAGUUUUGACUGAAAGCUCAUGACUGGCACCCAAGGAAGGCCCGGCAGGCUUUUAGUAACUCACAGAAACUGUGUGCCUCGUUACACGGGUCUUUGAAAACAACAGGCCCUCAAGCUCAGCUUCCUUGUUUUCCCAUUCCUGAAUACUCGUGCUAGUUUGUACAAAUUGGGAGUGAGAAGUUCAGAUGUCACAGAGGGCAUGGAGGGAUUUCAGGUUCUUGCUCUACGAUUGCUCGUUGGAUCGUCACACAGCAAGCCCCGCCGGGGAGGGGCGGACCGCGCUGCGGGCCUGGCUGGUGUCUGUGCUGUGUCCAGCUUCUGCCCAGCCGCCUGCAAGAGGCCGACAGCCCUGCUUCGGAACACGUCGGGCUUUUCUCCCCCAAAGAAUUCAGCCUGUUGGUAUCUUCAUUGUAAGAUGAUUGAGACCAGCCUAAUUAGUAUAAUAAAUGGUGGCUUAUGUCAAGGAGAGCUUUUUCUAAAAUCAGUCUUUAUUAUAUUCCUUUCUACUCCCAUGACUGGACCUGGUGUCUCCCCAAAAUGUAAGAAAACCAUAAUAACCAUCUGCUCCCUGUAACGGAGGUUUAACAACUAAGUAAUACGCGCAGUCUUUAUCCAAGUGGCUGUUGCUUAAUUGUUAAUUGUGAGCAGAUUAUUAAAUAAUGCCGACUCUCUUUUCUGCAGUUUACUAUACAAUAACUUUGAGUGCAUUGAAGUUUAAUUGUACAACAAAUUUAUAUUGGACUGCAGUGUCUUUCUCUAGAGUCUUUUUUGAUGGGGAAGCAGGGCAGUGUUGAUUAGUACAUUUUGUCUUGUACUAGCCACGUUUCUAUAAGAUUUGGUGCCUGGCCUACCCCAGAGAGCUAGAAACCUUUGUUCUUUGCUCCUAUUUGUAGGUUCUGACUUUGUGGGUUUUUUUUUUUAUUUGAGAAUAUGCAUAUAAUAAAAUGUU